AUGGAUAUUCAUCGUUGUCGGUUUGUGGACUAUACUCCACAGACUAUAACGUCUCUAGGCUUUUCGCAUAGCUCAACGUCGGAUCUGCCAUCCCACAGUCUGAGACUGGCUGUUGGUAGAGGCGAUGGCUCCAUAGAGAUCUGGAACCCGCGCUCAGACUGGCUACUGGAGCAGACGAUCCCUGGAUCGAGAGGUCGCACCGUGGAGGGCAUUGCUUGGAGCUCUAAAGACAAAGACGUGUCGCCGCGGUUGUUCUCCAUCGGUGGAUCUGCGUAUCUCACCGAAUGGGACCUAGCCAGAGGAGCUCCUCUAAAGAAUUACGACUGCAACGCUGGCCUCGUGUGGUGCUUGGCCGUGAAUCCAGCCGGGUCCAAGAUUGCACUCGGAUGUGACGAUGGAAGUGUCGUCGUGGUGGAUAUUGCAGGUGGUCCAGGAGUUAUCGAACAUGAGACCAUUCUUCAGAGACAGCAGGCCCGUGUGAUGAGCAUUGCUUGGUACGGCGACGAUAUGAUUGUCGGUGGUUGUGCUGAUGGAAGGAUACGGUGUUGGUCAUAUGGUGAAGACACUAAGGGAAGACUUGUUUCCACGUUGAGAGUUGACAAGUCCAAGAAGGAAAGCACUCUCGUGUGGUCUGUUCUUGCUAUAAAACAGCAGAAUCAGAUUGUAACAGGAGAUUCCACUGGCUCAGUCAAAUUCUGGAACAUGGAGCAUUUUGUGUUGCAACAGUCGUUUGCCGCACACGAUGCUGAUGUGCUGUGUUUGACUGCUGAUGCUUCCGGAAAACGUUUGUUCUCAGCUGGUGUUGAUAGGAGGAUCUUCAGCUUCAGUUUGGUGAGCACCAGCUCUUCCAGUAGCAAAUGGGUGAAUGCCUCAAACAGACUGAUUCAUUCCAAUGAUAUCAGGGCCAUGGCGUCCUACCAGGCAAGGGGAACCGAUUUCUUGGUUUCUGGAGGUGUCGAAAGACUGGUCGCCGUGAGCAGUAUUGAGAACUUCCAAGAGGGACCAUACAACAAGCUUCCAUUCAGCCCUAUGGUCUCAAAUUGUCUGGUCAACAGUGCCAACAGACUUGUGGUAAUGUGGCAGGACCAGACGGUCAAGAUCUGGGGAUUGGUUGCUGCUGCCAGUGCGGACCUGGAUGGAACCAGUGGGAAGCGCCUGGUUGCCAAGUUGACUCUGUCAGAUGAUGACAAUAUCACUGCAUGUGCCUUGACUGAAGAUGGAAGGUUUUUGAUUGUUUCCAGACUUUCCACCACAAAGCUGUUUGCUCUGGAGAAGAAAGAAAACGGUACGUUGGCUGUGCAUAAAGUCCCAUCGUCGGUGCUGGAGUCAAUUGGAGCCAAGCUCGUGACUUUUGUGGUAUCUCAGAAUCUUCUGGUAUUGGUUACCACGGAUAACGAGCUAAUUUCUAUCCCUGUGAACCUACCAGAGGACGAUGAGGAAGUCGAGCUCAUUAACGACCAGGACAACUACACAGAGUACGAUUUGCCUGAUAACCUGCGCGUGAAAUCAAAAUUACAGCAUAUACACAAUAUUCAUGCUCUUUGUGUUUCUCAGGACGAAAAGACCAUUGCUCUUGCCAGACUAAACGGUUCUAUCGAGCUGGUGAGUCUGGAUACGGGUCUGGCACACAGACUGGUGAAAAUUCCCGAGCCACCUGUUGCCCUGGCAUUUACACCGAAGAACACCCUUUUCGUGGCCACUGCGGACGUUGGCAAAGUUUAUGAACUCAAUUUGAGCAGCGAGGAAGGCGUUUUGAGCUCUCUUCAAACUGAGUGGAGUCAGCGUAGUACAGACAUACUGCCCACCAUUCUCGCACACCAGAACACAAAGUGUGAGGGAAUCUUCACCACUGUUAACGAAGAGGGCGAAAGAGUGUGGCUUUAUGGUGCCAAUUGGAUGUGUUUUUUCAACACUGAGUUCAAAUUGCCUAUUCCAGAUCAUGCUCUCAAGAGCGUGGGAAUUAUGGGGAAAAAUGCGAGGAAGCGUUUGAGAAAUGGCUCUGGUGUGAAGGCACAAAGACCUGCUAUUUCUUAUACCAAAGAAGAUGCUGAGGCCGAGGAAGAUGCCAUUGUAGAGGAACAAUACAAGAAAAGUGUUAAGCAAACUGAGUUGGCCAAAUUGAGAAAAGAAGAGUCGACAGAAGAUACCAAAGGUUUCUGGUUCACCGAUAAGUACAGACCUGUGCUUUUUGCAGAUGCCUUAUCGGGUUCCGAGCUGGUUGUGGUGGAAAGACCUGUGAAUGAGAUGCCUAUGCCAGCUGCUUUCAUUCGCUCGAAAAUAUAUGUUUGA